AUUUGGUUUAGCUUAUUUUAGCCAAUUACAUUUAUAUGUCGAUUAAAGAAAUUCAGAUAUGUAAUAAUUUUAUUUUUUUUGUCGUUUUCAACAAUACUAGGCAAAAUAAGUUUUUCAAAUAAAUUGGCCAACGAAAUAGUGUAGAUAAUUACAAAUAAAUUCAAUUUAGACAAAAUAGGUUGAAAUGAAUCAAAUAAUCAAAACCCAACCUUGAUCAAGAAUGGUUCUAUACUUGUAUUUCUUCCCCCACCCCCAAAAAAUUAAAAAAAUAAAGAAAUAUCAUAAACCCAACAUUAGGGUUUUACGCUAAAAAAUCAAAACUGAGAAAAAGAGCGGGAGCAUAUCACCAAAAAAUUUAUGCUGAAGCAAGAAGAAGGAGGCAGAAAGAGAAAGAGAGAGAUGGAGAGCAAGCAGGAGAGCUCACCAACAAUGGCGGAAGGAGUUCGAGAACUCACUGUGCUCGGAGAAUUCAAACCAUUUGGCUUAAUCGCCGAAUCUCUCGAUGGCAAGCCAAUUGAUAAUGUAUCUGAUAAGUAUGAUUACUUCCUCUUCGAUCCAGAAGUUACUAGGGAGAGAGACGAAUUCGACGGUAUCGAUUCCUCCGCUUCCUCUUCGAUUUCGGUUGAUGGUUGUGAUCAUGAGAUUUUCAUCCGCGGAAAUAGGAUAAUGUGGAUUACGGGUUCACGAGUGUACAAGAGAUUCACCCUAAGUUCUGCCGUAAUUAUGGCUUGCUGGUGUCAUUUGGCUCAUUCAUCUGAGGCUGUACUGUGUAUUUUGCAAGUUGAUGUCUUGACAAUCUUCAAUACAGCUGGGGAGCUGACAUCAGUCCCACUUCCGGGCAUAGUUACUUCAAUAUGGCCGCUUCCAUUUGGGCUGCUUGUGCAGCAAGCGGCAGAAGGGAACCGUCCAACUUAUGCCCCUCUCUCAUUUUCUGCUCCUUUAUUAAAUUCCAGGGAUACACUUUUAAAAAGAGAAUUACGACAAAGUCCCCAACAGAUCUUUGGCUUUUCUAGCUCUGAUGACCAAGGGAAUUCAGCUUCAGUGUCUUCUCAUCUAAUAUUGAAUGAUCCACUUGAAGAACCCCAGCCGGUGUAUGUUGAUGAAAGAGGUGGAUUGAAGAUAAUGAAGGAUUUUGAUGAGAGAACAAUCUGGACUAGUGACCGUGUUCCUCUUAUUGCUUCCUAUAAUAGAGAGAAGACGCAACACUCACUUUGGGUAGCAGAAAGUGUCAGUACUUGUGUUGGAGAGCAUGUAAUUUCUAGUUCUCACGAAGCCCACACUGAAGUGUUCCCAUGUCAAUUCUCAUUCCGAAGAAUUUGGCAAGCAAAAGGCUACCAGGCAGCUGCUACCAAGGUCUUUGUAGCCACCGAUGAUGACGCAGCACCUAUUAUUUGUUUCCUUCUCCAAGAACAGAAAAGGUUAUUAUCCAUAAGGCUUCACACUGUUCAAAUUAAUGAUGAAAUACUCUUUGACGUCAAAGCAGACAUGAGUUGGAGCAUACAAGCAGUUGCAGCCGAACCUGUUGCUGUCACCCGCCCAAGGGCAAAGGUCGGGCUGCUUCCUUUGAUGGACAUUCUUGUUCUGGAUUCAGAGAACAAUUUUUUUCUUUAUUCAGGGAAGCAGUGCCUUUGUAAAUAUACACUUCCUCUCUUUCUAGGCAAUCAUCAGCUUAAAGAAACUAUUAAUCCUCCAAAGAGAAGAUUUAUUCACAAUGUGAAGAUUAUAGGAUUGGCUGAUGGAGUUGGGGCAAGAGUAAAUGUGAUCUUAAGCAAUGGACAGAUGCUUAGAUGUUCGCUGCGAAGAAGCCCUUCGUGUUCCUUGGCAAAUGAUUGCAUCACAGCAAUGGCUGAAGGCCUUAAUUCUUCCUUCUACAAUCAAUUCCUGCAGUUUUUUUGGGGUAAUUGUGAGACCGCUGAUUUAUCAAAGGCUAAUUCUGGUGCUGAUGAGUGGAAAUCAUUUGAGAGCGUCAUAAUGCAAAUUUACAGGAAGUCUCAGUCAACUUCACAACCGAAAUCUGUUCUCGUGUCCGGGUCAUCAUGGGAGUUUCUUGUCAAAAGUGAAUUUCAUAAAAAUUAUUGCAAUCGUAAUUUCUUCCCUGGAAUCUCAACUGAGGGGUUGGAUGACAGAUUGGAAGAUCAUGUUUCUUCUUCAAAGACGGAAGAAGUGCACAGCCCAGAUGGACUUUUCUCUUCCAAGUUUCAAAUUGAAUGCCUGGAUUCUUUGCAUGCAGUAUAUGAAAAUCUUAAACUUAUCAAUCUUCGAAAGCGAGAUUUGGAGCAUCUUGCUGUUCUUCUAUGUGAAAUCGCUAAUAUUUUGGGAGAGGAGAGUUAUAUUGAUCACUAUGUACGUGAUUUUCCUAUUCUUUCCAAGAUAAUAAGGAGAAAUCGGACUUCUUCGCCAAGAUCCCCCCCAUCUUUGUACAGAUGGCUUGAAAGUUGUUUGCUUCAUGGACUUAGCUUUGCUAAUCUUGAUGACAUUCCACCUCUUGCUCGUAAGGAUGGAAGCUCUGCUGUCAGCUGGUCUCGUAAAGUGGUCUCAUUUUAUAGCUUAUUAUCUGGUGCAGAAAGCAUGGAAGGGAAGCUCUCUUCUGGUGUAUCUUGUAAGAUUGCUUCAGGUUCAUCAUCUACUCCCGAGGAGAAGAUGGUCCUUGCAAUGGUAGCUGAAGGAUUUGGUUUGCAACAGCUUGAUUUAUUGCCUAUUGGAGUCUCAUUACCAUUAAGACAUGCUGUUGAUAAGUGCCGGGAGUCUCCUCCUACUGGGUGGCCAGCAACUGCAUACGUUCUUCUUGGUCGAGAAGAUUUAGCUUUGUCUUGCGUUGCUCACUUGAAGAAAUCUGAACAGCUUGAGACUCAAACUAAUAGGCAUUUGAUUUCAAUGUCUGCACCUUAUAUGCUUCAUCUACAGCCCGUGACAAUUCCCUCAACAGUAUUAGAUACAAUUGCGAUGGAUACUUCAAAAUUUGAUAAUGUAGAUUCUUCUGAUGAUUGCCCAAUAGAUGGCAUGGAGCAUUUGUUUAACUCUAGCACUCAACUGCGGUAUGGUAGGGACCUACGCUUAAAUGAGGUCAGACGUCUUCUGUGCUCUGCAAGACCUGUUGCAAUUCAAACAUCUAUUAAUCCCACUGCAUCAGACCAAGAGCUUCAACAGGCUCAGCUAUGGCAGUUUUCCCAAAGGACGACUGCACUUCCACUUGGACGUGGAGCAUUUACUUUGGCAACUUCUUGCACCCUUUUGACCGAGGCACUCACAGUACCAAAGCUUGUUUUGGCUGGCCGGUUACCUGCUCAGCAGAAUGCCACUGUCAAUUUAGAUCCAAACAUACGGAAUUUGCAAGAGCUUCGAGCUUGGCCUGAGUUUCACAAUGCAGUUGCUGCUGGUUUAAGGCUUGCACCAUUUCAGGGCAGAGUGUCUAGAACUUGGAUUAUAUAUAACAGGCCCGAGGAGCCAAAUGCUAUCCAUGCAGGUCUUCUUUUUGCACUGGGGUUGCAUGGACACUUAACUGUUUUAACAAUAAAUGACAUAUUUCAGUACUAUAAUAAGGGACAUGAAAGCACAACUGUGGGGCUAAUGCUUGGCCUUGCAGCAUCAUACAGGGGCACUAUGGAGCCAACAAUGUCGAAGUCCUUCUACGUUCACUUACCUGCCCGUCAUCCGUCUUCCUUUCCAGAGCUAGAAGUUCCUACAGUCCUGCAGUCAGCUGCAUUGAUGUCUCUCGGCCUCCUUUUUGAAGGAUCUGCUCAUCCUCAGACUAUGCAAUUUCUUCUGGCUGAAAUAGGCCGUAGAAGUGGCGGUGAUAAUGUGCUUGAGCGGGAGGGCUAUGCUGUUUCUGCUGGAUUUGCACUUGGACUUGUUGCUUUGGGUGGUGGAGAGGAUAAAUUCGCUUGCAUGGAUACGUUGGUUGAUCGAUUGUUCCACUAUGCUGGAGAAAAAUUUGAUGUAUCUCGUCAGGAAAAGUCUCUUUUGACAUCAGUGACAGAUGAGCAUGGCAGGGGUAUGGGACAGAUGUUGGAUGGCGUUCCUGUCAAUGUAGAUGUCACUGCACCUGGAGCUAUAAUUGCUUUAGCUUUGUUGUUUUUGAAGACUGAAUCAGAAGUGAUAGUUUCCAGACUUUCCAUUCCCUGUACAAAUUUUGAGCUGCAGUAUCUGAGGCCUGACUUCAUUAUGCUUCGCGUUAUUGCUCGCAAUUUGAUAAUGUGGAGCAGGGUUAAGCCAACCAAAGAAUGGGUUGAGUCUCAGAUUCCUCAGAUUGUGAAAGAAGGUAUAGGGGCUCUUGGUGAUGAACGGAAUGAUAUGGAUGAGGUGGAUGAAGAAGCAAUAGUCCAAGCAUACGUGAAUAUUGUAGCCGGAGCAUGUAUAUCUCUUGGUUUGAAGUACGCUGGAUCAAGAAAUGCCAACGCUCAGGAGUUGCUCUACAACUACACUGUUUACUUCCUGAAUGAGAUUAAGUCUGUUUCUGGUACAGCUGGAAGUAUGUUUCCCAGAGGGUUGUUAAAGUUUGUUGAUCGGAGCACAUUGGAAAUAUGCCUCCACCUUGCUGUCCUUUCCUUGGCUUUGGUUAUGGCUGGUUCUGGGAACCUGCAGACAUUUAGAUUGCUCAGGUUUCUGCGCAGUCGAAAUUCUUCUGAUGGCCAAGCUAAUUUUGGGACUCAAAUGGCUGUGAGCUUGGCAAUUGGUUUUUUGUUUCUUGGAGGAGGAAUGCGGUCGUUUUCUUCUAGUAAGAGUGCUAUUGCAGCUUUAUUGAUUACUCUCUAUCCUCGAUUUCCUAUUGGAACAAAUGACAAUCGCUGCCACCUCCAGGCGUACAGGCAUUUCUACGUACUUGCAACUGAGGCUCGCUGGAUUCAAACAGUUGAUGUUGACACUGGCUUACCAGUCUAUGCCCCUCUUGAAAUUACUGUUAAAGAAACUGAACAUAAUGCAGAGACAAGUUUUUGUGAAGUCACACCUUGCCUUCUUCCAGAACGUGGCAUUCUUAAAAGUGUUCGUGUUUGUGGUCCACGGUACUGGCCCCUAGUCAUAGAGCUUACUCCUGAAGAUAAACCUUGGUGGCUUUCUGGUGACAAAAAUCACCCGUUUAAUUCCGGUGUUCUUUAUAUCAAAAGAAAGGUUGGAGCAUGUUCCUAUGUGGAUGAUCCUGUUGGAUGUCAGUCAUUAAUAUCACGAGCCAUGAACAAGGCAUUUAGUUUGACAAGCAUGAGAGGUUACACUCCCAAAAUCAAUAGCGAGCCAAGUUCCAGUAAUGUUGAUCACCUGGUCAGCACAUUUUCAUCUGAUCCAAGCUUAAUUGCUUUUGCUCAGCUUUGCUGCGACUCUUCCUGGAACAGCAGGUCAGAUGUUGAUUUCCAGGAAUUUUGUUUGCAAGUUUUAUUUGAGUGUGUUAGCAAGGACAGACCAGCUCUUUUGCAGGUCUACAUGUCUUUGUAUACAAUGAUUAGAGCAAUGACUGACCAGGUUUCAGGCAAUAUUGUCACCUUUUUUGAUUCCCUCUUCAUAUCUAGCUUAAAGCUUGUAGUAGCUUACAAUGAGGCCUUGCUAAGAGGAAGAUUAUCCUCUUCAAGAGAUGGCAUUGUUCAAUCAAAUUUUCUAGGGUCUCUGAGGAAGCGCGUAGAGGAGCUUUUCAGCUGCUCCCAUGAAAUGCAAACUGAUUUACAUAAUUACUUGACUUCUGGAAAAUGGCCAGAUGACAAGCUCCGGGGUAAAAAAUGUUCUCUACUGUUGUCUUGGUACCUUCAGUGGUUUUGUGUACCGUCCCCAUCUGUAAUCCAAACAACUAUGGAGAGGUUGAAGCCUAAGCUCAAGAGAUCCUCUGCAGCUCCUCUGUUGCGGUUAGUAUUUCCUCGGAUUCAUGUCAGGGUGAUUUCUGAGAUAGAUAAAUUAUUGAUUUCUGGUUAGUUCAUGGCUUUUUAAGUAUUCCGAUGUUGUACUAAGGUAUUCACUGUAAGUGUUGAGCCUAAGAUGGGUUCUUCCAAAGUUCCAAAGCAUUAUUGGGGGCUGAGCUGUCCUCUGUACAGGCAGUAAUACAUAUUAUGCUUGUAAAAUAUGUAUAGUUUGUUAGGUUUAAGGUAAAUUUUCUGUUUGAAACAACGACGAAUUUGUUGUUGAUUCAAACUGCAUGCCUUCUAUUUCCGGGUGACCGGGAUCAAGAGCCUGACAAUGUACAUAAUCCUGAUGUAUCUUCGAGUGUAAUUUAGGUUAUGCAUUGUAUUGAAUGGCCAAUGCUGUCGAUGUAUUCUAGGAAGUAGGAGCUGAUGAUUUUAGGACUCCUGUCUCCAGAUUUGGAGACUAAUGUAAUUCAACUCUUCAAAAAGAAGCUAGGAAGUUAGAAAAAAAUAAUGUUACACGAGUAUUACAUUUUUGGUUGAAAUAUUUGUCUAUUAUCAAUUUAUUAUGAAGUUUAGCGUUUAUUUUGA